UUGCAAAUAUUCAAAAUUACUCCCCAAUUUAAAAAUGAAAAUGAAAUACUCUAUUGUUCCUUUAAACUCCUCAACAGUGAAAGAAAUUUGAAAUUCCAGAGAGCGCCAACAACUCCAAUUGUGAACUACGAACGCUCUUUUCAAUUCUUCUGGUUUCAAUUCAACCUCCAAAUUUCCCAACAAUGGCGUCCUCCAAAUCAUCAACUCUGAAGCUGGUAAUGCAACAAGGUCCUCGUCAAGGCGAAACCCUAGAAUUCACCUCCAGAUCCACUGUUCGAAUCGGUCGAGUCGUCAAAGGCAACAAUCUUACCAUCAAAGAUUCUGGGAUUUCCUCCAAACAUCUCAUCAUUCAAUUCAACCCAGAUUCUGGAAACUGGGAAAUCAAAGACCUCGAUUCUUCAAAUGGUACUAUCUUGAACUCCUCUCAGCUUAAACCCCUUUUCCCUUCUGUAAUUCAAAAUGGGGAUGAGAUUAAAAUUGGUGAGCUUACCUCUAUUAGGGUUGAAAUUGCUGUAAUUCAGGAGGAAACUAACAAUCGUAGAAUUACUAGGAAUAGAAAAGCUGCUAUUGAUUUGGGAACUAAGGUUAUUGAGGGUUCCAAUUUGGAAAUUGGGGAUGAAAUUGAUAACCCUAGUAGGCGACCUGCUUCAAAUUCUAGGGUUGGGGAUUUGAAUGUAGAUAGUAGUAUGGUUGAACAAAUUCCAAAACGGCGCGGAAGAGGGCGGCAGAAGAAAGAGGAUGAACAUGUUGAGAAUUUGGAAGGUGUUAUGAGAAAGAGGAACACUAGGAGAGGAGAAGUUGAAUUUCUGGGUUUAGAACAGGUAAUGCAGCCGAGGAGGACUCGGCGUGGAAAGAAUGCUGAGGUUGAAGAAAUGCCCAUCUCUGUGAUGGAGGAAAGCAAGGGGUUGGAUGUGGAUGUGGAUGAUUGUAAGGAAGUAGUCGAAAAUAACAAGACACGAGGAGGUCGUGGGAGGAAAAAGAAGCCUAUUGUUAGGAGUUUAGACAAUGUCCUAGAUGUUUUACCGGAGGAGAAGAUGGAUAAUCAUGAGGUAUUAGAAAAGGAAGUUCCUCAGCAGCAGUCGUGUGAAGAUUUGGAGGGUGAUAAAAUGAAUGAGCAAGUUUUAAAGGCGGAGCUUUCUGAACAAGAGGGAGGUGCUCUGUCUUUGAAAGAGCAGGAUUUUGCAGAAACGAUGGAUGAGACUACUCAGCAGGAAAAAGGUCUAUGUGGUAUAGAGGGUGAUGCAAUGUUGGAUGAUCGGAGAAUGGAAGACACUGAAGCUGUUGAAGAUGUUUUGGAAGAAGAAGUGAAUUCUGAGGUGUUGGGGAAGGAAUUGCCAGAAAAGGUGGUGAAUUUAAGGCAGCAACCUUGCAUAGAAGGGAUGGAUGCUAGUACUGAGCAAAAUGUACUAGAUGAUAAGACAAAUGCACAGUUUUUGGAGGGGGUGGUUCUUGAUCAGGAUGGAGGUGCUCAAUGUGUGAGAGAGCAACAUUGUGCGGAGGAAGGUGCCCAACAGGAUGGCAGUCCGGUUGGCGUUUCUCAUGUUGAGGAAAGGGUUUGUAAUGGAGUAGAGAUUGAUGUAGUGCUGAAUGAUGAAGUGCUGAAUGAUGAAGUGCUGAAUGAUGGGAGAGUGGAAGAGUCAGAUAUUGAAGAGAUUGUUAAAGAGUCAGAGGUUAAGUGUUAUGAUAGAAGUAAAGAGGCCACUAUUGUGCCCGACCUGGAAAAGAUGACUCUAGGGGAAUGGUUUGAUUAUUUAGAAGUAUAUUUGCCUAAGCAGAUUUAUGCUGCCACAGAUGAGAUCAUUGAGGUCAUGCAAAAGAGAGCAAAGCAGUUUGAUGAAUUCAUGUUGCAGCAACAGAAAGAGAAAAAGACUGCCUUUGGCUUUGGAAAAGAUGACGACUUAGAUUAAAUAUGGUAAAAUUUAAGGUUCUUAAGUAUUGAUGUACAUUCAGUUUCUUGUUAAAUUUUUAGAAAUCAUUACAAAUUAUCUAAUGCUACAGAGCUUUCUUUUGAUUUUGUUUCUCCCUUUAGAUGUUUUGUAUUUUGGCAAAUGGUAUGCUUUUUUUUGACAUGCCAACUUUGUUUAUGUUGAUGACUAGAUUAGAUCUUAUGCGCUCUGUAAAUUGGGCAUCUACGUAAACGUCUUAAAGAGACAUAGCUAGGUGUGUGUGUGUUAGAUAAAAGUCAUAUAUGGUUUGAAUAAAGUUGAUUACACAUAAUGUUUUAUAA